AUGGGUCGUAUGGCGUCGCACGAGCAUUUGCGAUAUCAACUACGAUUGGUAUCAUCACUCAAGGCUGGAUCUUCUUCACAACUUUAUAUCAAUCUAAGGAUGCCUGGUGGCCUGUGGACCUUUUCCAAUCAUUGGCGGUUCAUUCAUGGUUAUGGACAACAUGACGAGGACCGAAGUACCAUUACCAAAUCAACAUGGUCGACAUUGCGGUCAAAGUCAAGAACAAACCGACCAAGGAUCGACCAUUAA